CUUGAAGAUAAUGUUUCACAUUUGCUUAUGUGUCCUGAAAAUUGCACGCAUUGCGAAUAGUUCUUUAAAUUCUCUCAGAAAAAAAUUUAAAAAAUUUGCAGAAUAAAUAAUUCUGGUAUAGCUAAAUUCUUCAACAAAAAUUUCAAUGGUUCCUCCAUCCAUAAAAUUUGAAAUACAAUUGUUGAGAAAUUUGUAAGCUUGAUUUGAAAAAAAAAUUCCACUUAUCUAAUCAAAUGGAAUAUUUAGGAAAUUUUGGGAAUAACUCGCUGAUUUUCGGAACAUGGAAUGUUCGAGGACUGACUGAAAAAAAAAGGGAAACCUUUUCAGAAAUCGAAAGAGAAAACGUUGAUGUAGUAAUUUUGACCGAAACCAAAUUAAAAGAAACAGGAAGUGAAAAUUAUGGAAAAUAUGUCCAUCUCUACAGUGGAGUAAGAAAGAAAGAACACGGCCAGGCUGGAGUGUCUAUCUUGAUGAAGAAAGAUCUUGGUUUCAUUGAAUCGUGGGAAGCUGUAAAUGAAAGGAUUAUUAAAGCAGAUUUGAAUAUACACGGACAAAAGAUCACAAUAAUGGGUGUCUACUGGCUCGAUGAAACACCCAAAACUAAGGAUGACUCUCAAGAAGCUGAAACUAAGGAUGACUUUCAAAAAACUUUCGAAGAAAAGCUGAAAAAUGUGACGGAAGAACGUAAAUUAAUUAUUUUAGGCGAUUUCAACAGUAGAGUUGAAAAUUUUGACUCUCAUCUUGCACGAUUAGAAAAUGAAUGUGAACAACUUGAGCAAAAGAAACUAAAUUUUCCUCAACAAAUGAAACUUCAAAGUCUUAAACGAGAUAUCAUUAAAAUUAAUCAAGAAAAUGCAAAUGGAGCAAGAAGUGAGGCAGUUGGAAGUUUUGGUGUGGAAGGUAAAAAGAGUAACAACAACGGUGAUAGACUGAUGGAUGUUUGUGCAAAAUUCAAGUUGAAAAUACAAAAUACAUUCUUUGAUCAUAAAAAUAUUCACACGUAUACUUGGUAUAAAAAAAAUGAUUCGUCGAGAUCAGUAAUUGAUUUUUGUAUAACUAGACAGAUAACAGCAUUGCACGUCCAUGAUGUUCUUGCAUGUAGAUGGUUUGACUGUGGAACCGAUCAUAUAUUUCUUGCAGCAUUUAUUACAAUUCCAAGUAAAAAAUGUAAAAAAUCUCCAUUUCCCAAAAUUUCUGAAAGUAGGGAGCAUGUUACAAAGAAAAUACCCUGUGAAAUGAGAAAGUACAAGACAUAUCUUUUGUAUAGUGAUACUUUAAGAGAGAAGUAUGAAAAUCAGGUGGAUUUCAACAUCAAAAAAACUGCUGGAAGGAAACUAAAGAACUGUCGGGAGCUGGAAAACUGCGGAACGACAGAAGAAAUGUACCAUAAUUUAAAAAAAAGCAUUCAUUUGGCAGCAGAGAAGGUGUUAGGAAUUCAAAAUAAAGACAUUUUUGGUGAGUUUCUCUGGGAUAAGGAGAUAAAAUAUUUAAGAGCAAGAAGAGACUCUCCAUACGGAAUUACUUCCGAUUCAAAUUUUGAUGAAAAAAUUAAAAAUGAGGUGUGGCAAGGUGCCUGCUCAGCUGUUGAGAAUACAGAGUUAAACAAAAGAAGUAAAAUGGCAUGGAGUAUUUUACAUGAAAUGCGCAACAAGAAUAAUGAAACUGUGUUGCAUCAAAAGCCAUUAGAAGACUUUUGGAAAAGGAACGAAAUUGAUAUUAGGGAUGUGGGGUCAAGGAAAAUAAAUCGCUAUAGAAUAAAUCCUGAGGAGACAGUCAAAAUUAAUCUUAAAGAUGUGACUAAAGCUCUUGAGCAACUGGAUGAUGAUGCAUGGCCUGUACCUGGCGGCUUAAGUAUCCAACUUUUGAGAAAUAGCACUUCUGAAACGAAAUAUCUUUUAACAAAUUUAAUUCAAAAAAUAUUCAAUGGCGAAAAAAUUCCAUCCGAAAUAGACGAAACUUACAUUAAUGAAAAUACCACAUAUGAUAUUGAUUUGCAUGUUCAUUGUAUAAUGCGAGUAAUGUGUUUUAUAUUAAAAGAAAGACUAGAAAAUGAAAUUUACGAACGAAACUGUCGUUCUAUUCUACUUCAGACAACUAAUUUAGAUACAACUUUUAUGUUGAGGAUCUAUCUUCAGAAAAUUGCCGAGAAAGAAAUUCCAUCUUCGCACAUUGCAUUCGUAGAUUUAAAGCAAGUAUACUUCGGCAUCGAUUACUCACAACUUUUCGAAAUCCUUGAAAAAUACAGAAUUUCUGAAAUUUUACUUGCAGUGUUAGAGCAUUUGUUUAAAUCAAAUACUAUUAGAGGCAUAGAGACAAACAAAUUAUCUCAACAAUUCAUCCUAUCAAAAGGUUUGAUAGAACAAAGCGUUUUAGGACCUACAUUACUUAAAAUAUAUAUCCAAGAAUCUAUAAAUGAAUGGCAGAGAGAAAACCGCCGGAUAAAAAAUGUUAUUUCGUCCAGUAUGAUUUAUGACGAUAAAGUGAUUGUUAUUGCUCGGAGAUCUAUAACUUUAAAAACCAUGAUCCUAAAUCUUAAAAAACGUCUUAAAAUCCUGGGUUUGAAUAUAAGCCUUAAAAAUCUGAAAUAUUUAGGCAAUAAAAAAUUAAGAUUUGGUCAUGUUAUUUUUUAUGGCCAAAAUGUUAUAGACUUUGAUGGCACAAGUUUCGAACUGCGUGGCGGAAAUUGUGAAGAAGUCUCUCACAGAAUUCUAGAAACCAAAAAUGCCAUUGCUUACUUACAUCCUGUUUUGCGAGAUGAAGAUAUUUCCUUGAGAAACAAAGAAAAAAUCUUUGAAACAAUUCUUACUCACAUUUUAAUAAAUGGUUCUGAAGCAUGGACUUUGGAUUCAAACGUGAAAAAGUUAAUGGAUAAAAACUUACUGGAACGAAACUAUUGGAAAUGGUGUUUUGAAGAUUUUUUUGAAGAUUAUAUAUCCAACGAAUUAUUCCAUAAGCUGCUACUGUUAAGAAAAACAGAAUGGUACUUGAAAAGAUCGGAAUCAUUAGAAACAAACAAAUGGUUUUUAAAAUUUCUAAAAUGGGAAGCAGCAGGAACUAGAAGAGUACAAAGACCGAAAAAACAAUGGAUGGAUGAUAUACAUGAAGAAUUAAGGAACACAGAAGUAUUUAAGAAUUACUAUAAUUUAGGGAUCUAUAUCAGAUUGUAUUAAAGUGUUCGGCUUUACUCGGGACUAGGGAUUGCAAUACCGGACCAAAAUUACAAUACCGGUAUUCGGUAUUUUUUAGAUCUUAAUACCGGGAUACCGGUUUUAAUACCGGUAUUAGAAAUUUUAGAAAAAGAAAGAAAACACACGUGUUUCUUUGUUUUAUUUGCCAGUUUUAUUAGAAAGGGUAAAUAUUACAAAAAUAAUUUGUAACUUAUAAAUUAUAACAGUAUCUAAAGAAUUACAAAAAAGUAAAGGAACAACUUAUUUAUUUAAAUCACAAAAAAUUGAAAAUAUCACUAUUCAGUCUGUGAUACUAAUACAAAUUUUUGAAAUGUGAUCUUAAAAAAAAACAUAAUGCAUCUAUUGUACUGUCAUUAAGCCUGAAAAGUAAUUUUGUGCAAAAAUUACUAGCUGUCCAAGUAUUUACCUCUAAAUCCCUCAUCUUCAAAUCGCUUAUCGGAUGGUUUUGGAUAUAGCUGAUUUCUGUAUUGUAUUUUGGUUCGUUGAAAUUUUCUUAUUUAUCGCUAAUUCUAAUUUUUGUUCAAGAGACAAUUCCUUUUCACUAUCGACAUUAGUGUCAUCAUAAUCUUCGAUAACUGAACAGAAUUCUUUUGAAUGUGGAUAGGUUUAUGGGUAAAAAAUUUUAAGAAAAUUUACUAUCAACUUAAUCAGAUUUGAAUUGGUUAUUUACUUUUCUUCUUUUUCAUUUUUAUUUUAAAAAUCAUUAUAAUUAUAUAAAUACCAUAAGACAUUUUCUAUUUUGAUAUGCCUUUAUUCUGUGUGAUUUUUUAAUGUAAUAUAUAAUCUUCAGGUAGUGAUGUGUGCUGUUCUAGUGUGAUGUGUGCUGUUAGGAGUAAACGGUGCCAACGUGUUUUAAAAUCUAUAUAUUAACAUAUAUUCUGUUUUAUUUUCAGUUAGUAUGUAUUUUAAUAAUAUGUCAUCUUUUAUAGAGGAACGUUGAAAUAUCUUAACAAUUUUCCGAACUUUAUAAAUUAUAGGAAGCAAUACUUGAUGGGUUAAUAUUUCAUCCUCAUUAGCAAUAACUUCUUCAACAAUUACAUUGUUAUUAUCUUCAUUGUCAAUAUCACUCUCACUCUUACUCUUUUCAAAGUUGGAAUCCGAAGUUUCUAUAUCCACAGUAUUUGGAUUCUUCUAUUCUUUAUUUUUUUGGUAUAAUACAUCUAUUAUUCCUAACAGAAUUCCAUGAGCAUAGCACAAUUACUGAUUUGCACCAAUCAACUUUCCAAAUUUUCUUAAUAACUGUUGCAUCAUCAGUCAUUAUGUAUACAAUUUCUUCUUUCAGGGAUAAUCCAUGUUUCGCUAAUUUAGAUUUAAAUAAUGUAUCAAGCCAUUAAUUUGUUAAUUAAUUUCGCCCGUCAGGGAGACAUAAAAACAAAAACCUAUACUAUUUUGCGAUGUUGGCGAUACCUGAAUAUAUAGUGGAGACAAUUUUAAAAAUUUCUAGUAAAUACCGAAAAACCGGUAUUUAAGCUUGUGAAUACCGGUAUUACAAAAUUGUACAAAUGGCUCAAAAUACCGGUAUUCGGUAUCCCGGUAUACCGGUAUUGCAAUCCCUACUCGGGACUAUAAUACGUCCAAUAUUUUUAACGUUAAACUUAAUGUUUUUAACUCCUUUGCUGAAAAUAUUAUAAUAUAUAUAUAAAAAAAUAAUCUAAAAUGCUUUUUUAGCAACCUAAAAGUAUUUAAACCUGUCGGUUAUGUGAAAAAAUAAUUAAUGCGUAAAAUAAAUUAUUUAAAAUUAAUUUUUAAUUUUAUUUUAUAUUAUUUAAAGUUUUAUAAUAUGGUAUUAGUAAAUAUUAAAUAAUAAAAAAAUAAUAAUACUGCGUUUGGAAAACAAAAAAAUAGUAUUUUAUUUUUUGCAAAAUAAAGUAAAAAUUUUUUCAUACCUACAUUUUCUAUGAACAUAUAUUUUACAUUUUUAACAAAUAUUAUUUAUUUUGUUAUUGCGGCAAAGUCGUGCUUGACAAAUUCUCCGUUUGUUAAGAUGGUUUGCAUUUGAUGAUGUUAUAGCUGACUUUUGUGGGUCUUCAGGGUCUAAUGGAAUUUUCUGUCUUGCAUUUAAAUAUUCGAUGAAUUGCAUAUACUAAAUGAAACAAGAAACUCUUUUCGUUGUAUUUUUAUUCCUGUCGUUUCUUUGUAAACGAUACAACCAUUUUAUUUUUAGCAGGUCCGUAAAAAUAAAUAAGUACUGAAAAGUAAUUAGAAACAUCCUGAUUUGAAAUUACCAAGAAGAUCUGCGCAGUAAAAUGAUGCUAUUCCUAAACCAAUUUCCAUAUCUUCGGCUGAUGUUUUUUCGGGCUUCAUUGCCGAGGAGUUUAGUGCGUCUUCCCCGUGAUCUGGGAGUCCCGGGUUCAAGUCCUGGUUCGGGCAGAGUCCUUACAUCAGAGGCUACAGCUCCUCUCUUUUCGCGAUUUCUUAGACUUGGUUUGAAUUGGAUUUUAUUCCCAAGGGGAUAAGCAGCAACCUGAUACUUUUUCCUGAUAAAGACUAAUCAGGAAAUUAGUCAAACUACAAAGGCUCCCUGGUGGAGAACUUAAUGAUUUGAUAAGGGUUUGAUUUCUCCUGCCAGAGCAAAUUUCAAAGUUUUUAAAAAAUUUAAAACAAAAAUGUCUAACGCUCGAUGUUGAGAUAACUGCUUACAAAACCAAAGAUGAGAAAAAUUGUCUAUAAGUUAAUCAAAAUUGGAAAUUUCCAUAUUUAUACAUUAUUUUUCAGUUUUCUUACCAUAACGUUUUUAGUUUAAUUUAGCUUUUUAUCGAUUUAAUAAUAUUUACUUUUAUAAUCGAUAAUGAUUCUUAUUUAUUAAAGCAAUUUUUGC